AUGGCAAAGAACUUAUAUGUUCGGAAUAUUACGGAUGCGUUCGCAGUAUCAUUACUGUGGAACGGAUCCUCUAUAGAACCGUUAUAUGCAAUAGCCGAUACUGUCGGCACCGGCUUCCCAUGGCUCUUGUACGUAUUACUUCUAAAACCCCAUGCAAAGCUUUCAACAAUGCCAUUUUCGAACGUACUCACACAUAACCCAAGGCCACGCAAGACGCUACAACAACUCAUUGCGGAUGGCUACUUCUCCGGCUUCGAUAUGCAGGCAGACAUCCUUUCUGCGUCCUUGGAGUAA